AUGAGCCGGCCAAUGCUGCGCUCCGUCCUGGAGCUGCGCGCUCCCAUGGCGCGCCUCAUGCGCCCAACCCCCACAACAACGAUCACGACAGCAAAGACAACACCAGCAACAGCAAUCCGCUUCUUCAACCAAACCACGCAACACGUCGACCCGGUCAUCCACCCCGAGCCGACCCUCCCCGGUGCCGCCGUUGCUGCUACCACAACAACCACACCCACAGCCACAUCCACAACCACACUCACAACAACAAACACCCCCUUCAACCCCAUCCUCCAAACCCCCUCCCCCCUUCGCUCCCCACGCACCCAACCACCCACCCCGCCAACAACCCCGACCCCCCUCAGCCCCUCCGUCCGCGCCCUCCUCCCAGCCCUAGCCGCCCAACCCGGCCACUACAUCACCGUCCUAAUCCACGGCAAGCGCUACCUCGUGACCCAAGGCGACACCAUCCGCCUCCCCUUCCUGAUGCCAGGGGUCUCACCGGGCGAUGUGUUACGUCUCAACCGUGCCAGCGAGCUGGGCAGUCGGGACUUGACGCUGCAGGGCGCGCCCUAUGUGGAUGAAAGGUUGUUUGCGUGCCGCGCGACGGUGGUCGGGACGGAGGCGGAGCCGAUGAGGGUUAUGGUUAAGAAGAAGAGACGGUGUAGGAGGAUGAAGAGGGUGUUUAGUAAACAUCGGUAUACGGUUUUGAGGGUUAGUGAGUUGAGUGUUAGGAGGGAGGUGGAGGAUCUAUAG